CGUCGCCCAUAGAGAAGCUGAACGCGAGGAGCCCCGGAAGAUUUAUAGCUGAAACGGAUCACUAUGCGAGAUAAAUCCUUCGUUCACGUACUUUCUACAAGCUCUGACAUCACACACACACAUGCGAGCCGUUCACAAUAACACUGACACACUGACUGGGAUAUCCGGCUAAGCGUCUUAAGGCUUGGGACGCUGUUUCAUAUCUAAAGGUUUAUCGCAGGAGAUGGAGAUAUUGGUUUGGCCAAAUAUUGCCAUAUUGCAUCUUACUUGUUACCUAAUGCGAUGAGGCACUAAUGCACUUAAUAGGAUUCAGGUCGCCCUCCCUUGUCUUCCUGGAGCUCUCAGAUGCAAGCUGUGUCCCAUACAUAACUGAACCCGAUACAUAACUGAUUACCAGCUUAUGCUAGAGACAACAUCAGCAUCUGUUCUUGCCAGGUAAUAGCUCCCUUGUGAGCUUGCUAGGGACCUGACGUCUUCAUUAGCAUAUAAAAAACUGUAAUUCUCACAGAUCCCAAAAGAGUCUGAAGAUGGCUUGCGCUGUGGAGAGAUGAGUAAGGCCUCCUGAUAUCGGGUGAUUAGAUGCCCAUAUAGGCAUGGGAAAACUACAGAGCAAGUUUCGGCGGCGCUCGGACCUUUACAAGGCCAAAGAGGGGGCGGAGCCUGCACCUGUGCACCAGGUAGUGCAGUAUGAACCCGCUCACACAGAUGCCAUCAACUGUGUCGUCAGCCUGACCGCUGACCUGUGUGUGUCAGGAGGGCAUGACCAGGCGGUUGUUGUCUAUGACUGGAGAGCUGGAAAGCGGUGUAAAUCUUUCCAGGGCCACAACAGAGAGAUUACAAAGUUAUGCUGUUUUAAAGGAAGUUCCUUGAUCUUCAGUGCGUCCCGUGAUAAGACGGUGCUGAUGUGGGAUUUGGGUCGAGAUACACAACCCGUCCAGGAGUUUUGUGGCCAUGAGCUCGUAGUUAACGGGGUAGCGGUAAGCCCAGACGGCUCAAAGCUGUGCACGGGCUCUAGGGAUAACUCCAUGCGCCUCUGGGACAUUGAGUCGGGAGAAUGUCUGCAGAAAAACACCAUCUCACGUAACCUGGUGACCCAUUUGUGUUGGGUGCCAGGAAGCACAUCUAUUGUCCAAACCUCAGAAGACAAAACUAUCAGGGUGUGGGAUAGCCGUACCUGGCAGGUCACUAACACAUUUCCGGCAAAGCAGUACAUCCAGACACACUGUGAUAUCAGCUCGAACUGUUACCACCUGCUGUCGUCCAGUAAUGGUUUCGGCGGUCAGGGAUGUGAGGCCACGCUGUGGGACCUCAGACAGCCCGGCUGUAAGGUGACCGAAUACAGAGGACACCUGCAGACCACAGCGUGCUGCGUGUUUGUGCCUCCCCGUCCCGGAUGUCCUGCCCUCGUUGUGUCAUCGUCUUAUGACAGCUCAGUAAAAAUAUGGGACCAGAACACUGCAGCAUGUUUGUACACAUUAACGCUGGACGGUUCGGGACCUUUGGUGUCUCUGGCUCCGUGUGACUCCACCAGUCUCCUGUGUGCCAGUUUUAACACAGGACUGCACCAGCUACAUCUAGAUCAGGGAGCAGUGCCCAGCCUCACUGAAGUGGCUCGCUUCUAACGUCUAUCUGGACCGCCUGGAAAUGCAAACUGAUGAGAUAAAACGAACAAAUUUAAUAACUGGAACUCCUGGAAAUGAGACUGUACACUACGUUUCCAAAGUAUGUUGAUACCCUAUUCUUUUAAACAAAUGGGUCAUGCAAAAAUGAAAAUUUGCUAAAUUUACUCACCGUCAGUGCAACCAUGUAGAAGAGUUUGUUUCUUCAUCAGAACAAAUUUGGAGAAAUGUAGCAUUGCAUCACUUGCAUCACUCUGCCGUGAAUAAGUCCAAACAGCUGAUAAAAACAUAAGUAAUCCACAACAAGUAAUCCACACAACUCCUGUCCAUCAGUUAAUGUCUUGCUAAACAAAAAGAUGUGUUUAUUAUAAACAGGUUUUCAUUUAACUGUUGCUUCCGGUCAAAGUAUGAGUCCAUAAUCCAUAAUAUCUCCACCUCUAAUGGAAAAAGUCAUCUUCAGGGGAGAAAUAUGCACAGAUUAAGCACUGUUUACAAGCGAAGACCGAUCAAAACAGCUCUAAACAAAUUUGAUUUCAAUAUGAGAGGACAAUAGGGGAUGAACUUGUUCACAGGAAGAAGCAUUUUAAUGAAAUAUGGACUAUUUUUGGUCAGAAACAAUGGUUUAAAGUUAAAACGCCUUGAUAGAUUUGUUUCUUACAAACAUGCAGCUUUUCACUUCACGAGAUGUUAGCUGAUAGACUGGAGUCGUGUGGAUUAUUGUGAUGUUUUUAUCAGCUGUUUGGACUCUCAUUCUGACUGCACCCAUUCACUGCACAGGAUCCAUUGGUGAGCAAGUGUUGCAAAAUGAUACUCUAAUGAAGAAACACUCAUCUACGGCCUAAGGUUGAGUACAUUUUCAGCCAAUUUUUUAUUUUUGGGUGAACUGUUCCUAACAGGUUGGCUAUUUCAGCCACGCCUUAUUACUAACAAGACCGUAAAAUCAAGUCUUUACAUGUCCAAAUGUGUCUAUAUGUUCCAACAUUAUCCACAUAUUUUUGACUAUGUAGUGUAUGACGCCUGACUACACAAACCAUUAAAGGGUGUGAAACGUAAUUUAUUUACUUGAGACUGAGUGUCUAAAAAAAUUCCCUGCCUGCAGAAAUGAUUUACAGUAUGGCAUUUUGCAAAUAUGGCUUGAUUCAUGGUCAAAAAUGAUUGGAGACAAGAUGGGUGCUGUUUUUUUCUGUGAAUGUGUGUUACUGUGUGAACAAAUGUGGGCAAUAAAAUGCCACUCAACUUGUGCUUGGUUGCUGAAUAACUUGAAUAACUGAAUAAUAUGUUUUUGGAAGCCAAGGGUGUAAAGUAUAGGAAAAAUUGUACUUAAUUAUAUGUUAAAUUAUUAUUUUACAAAGUUUAUACUUCACUUUGACUAUUGUUGAAACUGAAUACUCCUAGUCUUAACUUAAAAAUCACAUUUAAUAGUCCCUACAAUUUAGAGCUUCAAAAUACAAAGUUGUCAUGGUUUUUGUGUGUGUAUAUACAGGUGCAUCUCAAAUAAUUCAUUUUUUGUUUGCAACUUAUUUAAAAAAACUGAAACUUUCAUGUAUUCUAGAUUUAUAACAUGUAAAGUAACACUUUUCUAAAGGUUUUUUGUUUUAAUUUUGAUGAUUAGAGCUUACAGCUCAUGAAAGUCAAAAAUCCAGUAUCUCAAAAUAUUAGAAUAUUUUCAUUUAAGUUUCAUUAAAUGUCCAUCCCUACAGUAUACAUUUCGGGUAUCUCUUAUUCUUUGAAACCACAAUAAUGGGGAAGACUGCUGACAUGGCAAUGGUCCAGAAAACAAUUCACACCCUCCACAAAGAGAGUAAGUCACAGAAGGUCAUUACUGAAAGGGGUGGCUGUUUACAGAGUGCUGUAUCAAAGCAUAUUAAAUGCAAAGUUGACUGGAAGGAAGAAAUUGGGUAGGAAAAGGUGCACAGGCAACAGGGAUGGCCACAAGCUUGAGAAUACUGUCAAGCAAAGCCGAUUCAAACACUUGGGAGAGUUUCACAAGGAGUAGAAUAAAGCUGCGCUUCAAGAGUCACCAUGCUCAGACGUCUUCAGGAAAAAGGCUACCAAGCCACUUCUGAAACAGAAACGUCAGAAGCAUCUUACAUGGGCUAAGAAGAAAAUUAAAUGGACUGUUGUUCAGUGGUCAAAAGUCCUCUUUUCAGAUAAAAGUACAUUUUGCAUUUCAUGUUGAAAUCAUGAUCCCAGAGUCUGGAGGAAGACUGGAGAGGCACAGAAUCCAAGCUGCUUUAAGUUUCUGAAGUCAGUAAUGUUUUGGGGUGCAGUGUCAUCUGCUGGUGUUGGUCUGCUGUGUUUAAUCAAGUCCAAAGUCAAUGCAGCCGUCUACCAGGAGAUUUUGGAGCACUUUAUGCUUCCAUCUGCUGACAAGCUUUAUGGAGGUGCUGAUUUUCUUUUCCAGCAGGACUUGCCCACAGUGCCAAAGCCACUUCUAAGCGGUUUGCUGACCAUGAUAUUACUGUGCUUGAUUGGCUAGCCAACAAGCCUGACCUGAACCCCAUUAAGAAUCUUUUCUGUUUUGCAAAUCCGUUUUUUUUAUUUGUCUUAGGAAAUAUUCCAAUAUUUUGAGAUACUGAAUUUUUGACUUUCAAGCUCUAAUCAUCAAAAUUAAAACAAAACACUUUAGCAAUGUUUUACUUUACAUAUAAUGAAUCUAGAAUAUAUGAAAGUUUCAGUUUUUGAAAUAAGUUACAAACAAAAAAUGAAAACAAAAAGUUACAAACAAAAAAUAAACUUUUUCACAAUAUUCUAAUUUUUGAGAUGCACCUGUAUAUACAGCAUGUAUAUAUAUUGUGAAUAUUUAAAACUGCCAAAUCCAUUAAACUGAAAUAUAAUCGGCCACAACAACAUUUAACAUUGUGAAGAAUUUGACUAAUCCACUUGUGUUAUAACCACCGUUAUACCGAUGAUAAGAUGUGCAAAAUUGACUUUAGGUAUAAGGUUUGGACUGGGCUUAAUUUGUCUUGAAUAAUUAAAAUGGAAAGUAAAAAAAUGUAAGUAAAAAGUUAACAAAGUUUAUACAUCAAAUAUUAAUGUUAAUGGCACAAUCUUGUUCAUCUCAUCUAUUUCUAAAGCUGAAAAUGAUUCUUUUUGGUACCUAAUGCUUAACUACAAUUAAAUGUAGUUUAGUGUAGUUAAAUGUCCUUUUUUAUGCAUUCCCACAAAUAUAUUUUCAGCUGGAUACUUUGACUUACAGUUGAGUACAAUUUAGAGGGAAAAAAGGUACCCAUACUCUACCCUGACUAUAAUUUCCCUGUACUUUUUACACUCUUGUUGGUGACCGUUUAUUUGCACUUUUCAUUAAGUAAUUGCUAGCAGGUCAAAAUUAUUCACUGCCAAAAUCAUUCAUGCACAAAUCACGUGUAUAUGAAAUCUCACUCUCUCUCACUGAUGGCUGUAUUCACACAGAGUAUUUGGCAACAUGGGAAGCUGAAUCAUUUUUCACAUAGAAGCUGCUAGAGUUUAAAGACACGCUCAUAAACACAUUCAAGCAUUUAUGUAAACAGACUAGACUUGUAUUCACACACUGAGAAACACUGAGGAGAGGGAGAGGAUGCUUAUGAAAUGAUGUGGCCCUUUAGAAAAUUCAACACAAAAACAGCAGAUCUCAAUAUUUUUCCAGAAACAAGUGAUCAAACAAUGGAGAAUGUGAAGUCAACGAAAAUUAGUGAUGCAAUGUGAUUGUUUUUUUAUGUUUUUUUUUUUUUUUUUU